UCAUUCCCGGCUCGGGCCCUGGAGCAGGCGCGGUGGGAGCUACUCGACGCCCCGUAAAGCGAGGGGAGAAGCGGCGGCCGCGGCUCCAGCCCGCCGCCUUCCAGCACCACAUGGCGGCGGCGCUAGCAACACAAACGCCGCCGCCGGCCCCGCCCCCGGGGCGCUCACGGCUGCUCUAGGCCACGGGGAACAGCGACUCCCGGCCCGGAGACUCCUCCUCCUCCCGCGGCGCCUUCGGAGUCCCCCCGAACGGGCGCUGCGCUCCCCGCCAUGCCGCGCCCGGGCCGCUGCCCCUCGUCCUGGCUGCUGCCCGCGCUGCUCUUGCUCGGCGGCGGCGCCUCGCUGCCCCCGGGAUGCAAACAGGACGGCCGCCCCAGGAGCCCCGGCAGGUCCCCGGCCGAGGGGAAGGUGGUCUGCAGCAGCCUGGAGCUCGCCCGAGUCCUGCCGCCCGACGCGCUGCCCAACAGGACGGUCACCCUGAUUCUGAGCAACAAUAAAAUAUCAGAGUUGAAGAAUGGUUCCUUUUCUGGAUUAAGUUUUCUUGAAAGAUUGGACCUAAAGAACAAUCUUAUUAAUAUUAUAGAUCCAGGUGCUUUUAUGGGGCUUCCAUCUCUAAAAAGACUAGAUUUAAGUAACAACAAAAUAGGCUGCCUGAAUGCAGAUAUAUUUAGAGGACUCAUAAAUCUUGUUAGAUUAAAUCUUUCAGGGAAUUUGUUUUCUGCACUAACACAAGGAACCCUUGAUCAUCUUAACUCACUAAAGUCUUUAGAAUUUCAGACUGAUUAUCUUCUAUGUGACUGUAACAUUUUGUGGCUGCAUCAGUGGUUAAAGGAAAGAAAUAUAACAGUACGUGAAACUAAAUGUGCUUACCCCAAGUCAUUGCAAGCACAACUAGUAACAUCAGUUAAGCAGGAGCUUCUAACAUGUGAACCUCCUCUUGAAUUACCAUCUUUCUACAUGACUCCAUCUCAUCGUCAGGUUGUCUUUGAAGGAGACAGUCUGCCCUUCCAAUGCAUGGCUUCAUAUAUUGAUCAAGACAUGCAAGUGUUGUGGUAUCAGGAUGGGAAGAUUGUUGAAACUGAUGAAUCUCAGGGUAUUUUUGUUGAAAAGAACAUAAUUCAUAAUUGCUCGUUGAUUGCAAGCAUCUUGACUAUCUCAAAUAUUCAAGCUGGAUCCACCGGCAACUGGGGUUGUCAUGUGCAAACCAGACGUGGGAAUAAUACAAGAACUGUAGACAUUGUGGUGUUAGAGAGCUCUGCACAGUAUUGCCUUCCAGAGAGGGUUGUCAACAAUAAAGGAGAUUUCAGGUGGCCUAGAACAUUGGCAGGCAUUACUGCAUACCUACUGUGUACUCGUUACUCUGCUGGCAGUGGGAUAUAUCCUGGCAACUCUCAGGAUGAGAGAAGAGCUUGGCGCAGAUGUGACAGAGGAGGAUUCUGGGCAGAAGAGGACUAUUCUCGGUGCCAAUAUGCAAAUGAUGUUACUCGAGUCCUGUAUAUGUUUAAUCAGAUGCCACUCAACCUUACUAAUGCAGUUGCAACAGCAAGACAGCUUUUGGCUUACACUGUUGAAGCAGCAAAUUUUUCUGAUAAGAUGGAUGUUAUUUUUGUGGCUGAAAUGAUAGAAAAAUUUGGAAGAUUUGCUGAAAAGUACAAAGAGCUUGGUGAUGUGAUGGUGGACAUUGCAAGUAACAUUAUGCUAGCUGAUGAACGUGUUUUGUGGAUGUCACAGAGAGAGGCCAAAGCUUGCACUAGAAUUGUACAAUGUUUACAGAGAAUUGCUAUGUAUCGACUAGCAAAUGGAGCUCAAGUUUACUCAACAUACUCUCCAAAUAUUGCUCUGGAGGCUUACGUAAUAAAGGCAACUGGCUUCACUGGGAUGACAUGCACUGUAUUUCAGAAAGUGGCUGCAUCAGACCGUACAGGACUUUCUGACUAUGGGAGAAGAGAUCCAGAUGGAAACCUAGAUAAGCAAUUAAGCUUUAAGUGCAAUGUUUCAAAUACACUGUCAAGUUUGGCACUAAAGAACACUAUUGUAGAGGCUUCUAUUCAGCUGCCACCCUCCCUUUUUACACAAAAGCAGAAAAGAGAAAUUAGGCCAACAAAUGAGUCCAUCUACAAGCUUCAACUUAUUGCAUUUCGCAACGGAAAACUUUUCCCAGCAACAGGAAAUUCAACAAAUCUGGCAGAUGAUGGGAAACGACGUACAGUAGUAACACCAGUUAUUCUCACCAAGAUAGAUGGUUUAAGCUUAGCUAAUCACCACAUUGCUAUUAACGUGACACUGCGACGUAUUGCUCAUGGAGCAGAUGCUGUUGCGGCACAAUGGGACUUCGAUCUGCUCAAUGGACAGGGAGGAUGGAAGUCUGAUGGAUGUCACAUUAUCUCUUCAGAUGAAAACAUUACCACCAUUCAGUGCUACUCCCUCAGUAACUAUGCAGUCUUGAUGGAUUUGGCAGGAGGUGAAUUGUAUACCCAACCAUCUGCUCUCUUGCAUCCAGUUAUUUAUGCUACUUCUAUAGUUCUGCUAAUGUGCCUCUUGAUGAUCAUAGUCAGCUAUAUAUACCACCAUAGUGUGAUCAGGAUCAGCGUUAAAAGCUGGCAUAUGUUAGUUAACGUGAGCUUCCAUAUUUUCCUGACAUGUGUGAUGUUUAUUGGAGGUAUAACUCAGACCAAAAGCACCAGCAUCUGCCAAGCCGUUGGGAUAAUUCUGCAUUAUUCUACUCUUGCCACACUACUGUGGCUGGGAGUGACAUCUCGUAACAUCUACAAACAAGUUACUAAAAAAGCGAAGAGGUGUCAAGAUCCUGAUGAGCCACCUCCUCCACCUAGACCAAUGCUCAGAUUCUACCUUAUUGGCGGAGGAAUCCCUAUCAUAGUUUGUGGGAUAACGGCAGCAGCUAACAUCAGGAACUACGGCAGCAGGCCUAAUGCACCAUAUUGCUGGAUGACAUGGGAACCUAGCUUAGGAGCCUUUUAUGGACCAGCUAGCUUCAUAGUUUUCAUAAACUGCAUGUAUUUUCUCAGCAUCUUUAUACAAUUGAAACGACACCCUGAACGCAAAUUUGAACUUAAAGAACCAGCUGAGGAACAGCAGCGUUUAGCAACCAGUGAACAUGGGGACCUGAAUCAUCAGGAUUCAGUGUCAGUCUCACUGGUUUCCACAUCAGCUUUGGAGAAUGAGCACAGUUUUCAAGCUCAGCUUCUGGGAGCAAGCCUCGCUUUGUUUUUGUAUGUUGCUUUGUGGAUUUUCGGGGCCUUGGCAGUUUCUCUGUAUUAUCCCAUGGACUUGAUUGUUAGUUGCUUUUUUGGGAUCACAUGUUUAAGCCUUAGUGCCUUUCUUAUGAUGCAUCAUUGUGUUAAUAGGGAAGAUGUCAGGCAUGCUUGGAUAACAGCCUGCUGUCCUGGAAGGAGCACAUACUCAGUGCAAGUUAAUGUUCAGCCCUCCAAUUCCAGUGGGACUAAUGGAGAGACUCCGAAGUGUACCAACAGCAGUGCGGAAUCUUCGUGCACUAAUAAGAGUGCAUCAAGCCUAAAAAAUUCUUCUCAAGGUUGUAAACUAACCAACAUACAGGCUGCAGCAGCUCAAUGCCAUCCUAAUUCUUUACCACUGAACACAGGUCCUCAGCUUGAUAACAGUCUGACUGAGCAUUCAGUAGACAAUGACAUCAAAAUGCAUGUGGCUCCAUUAGAGAUUCAGUUUCGAACAAAUGGACACCAAAGCCGGCAUCAUAAAAACAGAAGUAAGGGACAUCGCGCAAGUAGGCUUACAGUGUUGAGAGAGUAUGCAUACGAUGUCCCCACCAGUGUGGAAGGAAGUGUACAAAAUGGCUUAUCUAAAAAUCGACAAAGCAACAGUGAAGGACAUUCAAGGAGUCGAAGAGCCUAUUUAGCAUACAGAGAACGCCAAUAUAACCAGUCCCAACAAGAUAGCAGCGAUGCUUGCAGUACACUUCCAAAAAGCAAUAAAAAUAGUGAAAAACCCAUUGCUACAAACAACAAAAAGGAUGUUCUGAGGAAACCAAUAGUAGUUGAACUUGAAAGCCAGCAAAAAUCAUAUGGCUUAAAUUUAGCCAUUCAGAAUGGACAACUUAAAGGCAGUGGACAGGAUGGACCCUUGCUCACUGCAGAUAGCACUGGCAAUAUUAGGACUGGGUUAUGGAAACAUGAAACUACUGUGUAGCAAUAUUGUACUACUUCAUGAGAGACAUUCAUGUGAACUGUGAUUCACACAUUCCCUAAAGCUAUUAACGCUUUUAAAAACUGUUUACAAACAAUUGGUACUUCAUGCAAGGAGGAGAAAAGAGAAUCUGCCGUGCAAAGUGUUUUAUACAUUUUGGGAGUAUCUUUGGUGUUUUUUACAAAGAAACUUUUUCUCUUUUGUGAAUAUUUUUUUUUUUUUAAGCAUCAGGUCCAGUGUUGAGAUGCAGACCAGAACUUUUUAAGAAAUUCUUACAGAUAGCCCCCCAGAUGUGUCCACAGCACAUUUCAAGUGUGUAUUAAAAUGUGUAUUAAAGAGUAUUUUCCCAGCAAGCAUUAUGUAAUGUGCAAGUUUGUUUUGUCAAGAUUACUAGAUAUAGUGUGUCUUUUUGGAUUUACUACUUAAUUUCAAUGUCUGGGAAUUUUACCACAGCUUUUAGUUGCUUAAAAAAAACCAAAACAAAAAAAAACGGUUUCUAAAAGUGCCGAUAUUUCACAUGUAAUGCAGCUGGUUGCAUUAAUCCUGAAGUUUGAAUGAAACAGAGAAACGAAAUUUUUAAAAAUAAAAGAUUUGUGAUUUAAAGACAAUUCUGUUGAAAUUCUAAGCUCACUUUUGUAAGUGAUAUAUAAAUUAGUCAUGUUUUCAUGUAGUAAAAGUGAAUUAUGUAGUAAAUGUAUAAUUAUAUGUUUCCUUAAUGUUUCUAGCUGAUAUUGGCCAGCUGAUAUCUGAACAUAGCACAGUCCCUAAUUCACUGGCCUUCCAUCUCCUCAAGCUAUUAUGUUCAUUUGUAAAUUGUAGUAAUUCUAGAUGUUAUCAUUUCUAUAAUCUGAACCAGGAGUGCUCAUCACCCACGACUAGGGCUAGAUUUCAAAAGAGCUCAGCAUCUCCUGUUGAAAACACAUUCUAUUGUCAUCUUGUGAAAAAGUGAUAGCAAUAUCUCAGUAAACAGUUACCACUUAGAUGCUCCAAUUUUGAUUUUUAUACCAGUGGGAGAGCAGAAUCAGGGCCUUUGAGUUCACCUGUCCCUCAAAUGUUGACUGGUAGUCCCCUGCAGUUUAGUUGAUGUCGCUGAAAUCUCCAGUCACUAGUUUCCUUUCAGAGCAUUUUAAUUUAAUAUUAAGAAGCAGCUGUGUAAAAAAAUAGUUGCUUCUUCUUUAUUUGACAUUACUAACUUACAUGAAAGUUAGUAAACCAUGAAGUAGCCUUUAUAGUGUCAUCAAAUUGACAGGAACUAAGAACAAAGUGGGGAGAAAUGACAGCUGGAUGAAAAUGCCAUUUUUAAUUCAAUUAUACUCAUCUGGGCAGCAAUUUCAAAAAUAUUUGAAUCACCACAAUGAUGCACAGUUAAUUUUAAAAAGUUAAACUGCAUAUUUUUCAGAAUAUGGUGCAAAGUGGAAUAUGAAAGAGAGGCCAGAUAGUGUUAAUAGGUAUAUAUUUAGUUUCCUGUAUUUCCCUCUGUUUAUAUUGAUUAUAUCUCAACAAUCAUUCUAUAUUUUGUGGGGACUGGAAGACAGUAUAAUGUUUCAGUCUGUGAAGCUUAUUCUUUUGCUGCUUUGAAGAUUUUGUAGCUGUAUAUGCAAAGUGUCAUUUGUGAUUUAUUACUUGUUGGUUGUUGAUCCAGUAUCUAAAGCUUUUUGUAUUCA